AAAAAAAAAAAAAAAAAAAAAAACUAUACAUUUGUUUUCUCUUUUGAUUUAUUUCCUUUUCUUUCUUUAAUUAAAUUACACACACACACAUUUAUUAAGACCUUCUUUUGUUUUAUUUUGUAGGGUAAUAGUUCAAGAUAUAAUGAAUUAGUUGAAAUCCUUACUAGAGAUCCGGAAAGCCCAGAAGCACCUUCUACCUUAAAAUUAUACACAUGGAUAAUCGUAUUAUCACAAUCUGUUUCACUCUUGGAUAAAUCAUGUACAACUCUUGUUGAAGCUGUCUUACAAAUUGAUUGGAGUUUUCGUAAUAGAGGCUUUGUGAAUGCUUAUAUGGAUUUUUUAGAAAAUUUAGUAUCUGCGCAUGCAUUCUAUGCUGUAUCCGUUUUCAAUUCACUUGUUCAAGGAUUUAGAUAUCGUCAUUCUCUUCCUCCGAAUACUUCUAUCACUCGUACUAUGUCCUAUGAACGUUAUCAUGAAGCUCUUCAAUGUAUUUUACGAUUAAUCCCUACCGGCUCUAAUUCAUUAUUUGUUAGUCUAGUUCGUUAUAUGCCUCAUAAACGUUUUAAUUCUGCUGAUCAAGCCGCCUAUGUCAAAAAUUUACUUACUAUAUCUGAAUAUGUCUCUGUUUUACGUAAACAAAUCUUGGGAUUGAUUAUUGAUCAAAUGGUUCAAAUAGAUGCUCAAAUUCAAAUUGAAUUGGAUGAAAUGGAGGAAGAUGUCGAAUUCGAUGUGUAUAACUUAAACUUUGAUGAAGACUAUGAUUCAGAAGGGAGCGAGUCUGAUGAUGAAGAAAAUAUGUCAGAUUCAGAUAGUAUUGAUUCAGAAAAUUCCGAUGAUUCUAAAGCAGACCACAACGAUUCUAUUCAAGAAAUUAAAUAUAUGGUCCGUAAACUUGAUGCUAUGAUGAACUUGACCUUCCAAUAUUUUGCUAAAUGUGCUUAUUCUGCUUCUCAAGAUGUACAAAAUGAAAUAUUCCAUGCUCUUGUUGAUAUAUUCGAUCGUGCUGUGCUCAAGACGCUCAAGUCCCGUUAUACUCAGUUUCUUUUGUUUUAUUUUUGCUCUCUAAACGUCAAUCUAUAUAGUGAUUACUUUUUAGAGCAUUUAAUCCAACAUAUUACAGAUCCUUUAAAACCUAAUGUCACUCGUGUUGCUGCUUCAGCUUAUAUUUCUUCUUAUGUAGCUCGUGCAAAGUUUUUAGAACCCAAUACAAUACAGCGUGUUGUAUUGACAUUAUCUAAUUGGUGUGAUGCCUAUGUAGAUCAAUAUGAAUCCCAAGUUCAAGGUUUAGAUUGUAAAAAACAUGAUGUCUUUUAUGCUGUUGUUCAAGCAAUCAUGUAUAUCUUUUGUUUCCGUUGGAGAGAUCUUGUAAUUGACAAUAAUGAACUUGUUAUUGAAGAAGAUGUAGAAAUAUCUGAAGAGCAUCGUCAUCUAACACAUCCUGAGGCCGGUUUUGGAAAUGGUACAUCUCAUACUUGGUGUGCUGGUUUGCGUAAUUUGCCUCGUUUAGUGAUGAGUCGAUUUAAUCCACUUAAAUUAUGUGCAUCCUCAGUUGUUCGUCAAUUUGCAAAAUUAGCUCGUAGCACUCAUUUUAUGUAUAUUUAUUCCAUUUUGGAAAAAAAUCGAGACGUGUUUGUACCUGGUUUAGAAAGUGCAAAUAUAUUACAAACUGUGCAAACAUUCUUUCCUUUUGAUCCUUAUCGAUUAGAGGGCAGUCGUACCUUUGUGGAUAAUAUCUAUUUUGAAUGGAUCGCUGAUGAUGAAGAUGAUAGUGGCGAAGAAGAUAGUGAUGAAGAAGAUUCAGACGAUGAGGAUGAGGAGGAUGAGGAUGUAACGUCUGGGAUGAUGGCCAUGAGUAUCAGUCCAAGCCCUACACAUUAUUUGCACUAAACAAUAUUUAUAGUAUUCAUCCUCAUUUUAUCUAUCAAAAUAUCAUUUGUAUAUUAAUUCCCCCACUUUUUUAUAUUUUACUGUAUGCAAAAACCAACCAACCAACAAACAAACAAAAAAAAAUAGCAUUGCUUUUCCAUUAUUAUUCAAAAUAAAUAAUAGAAUCUCCAACCAAUUGAUUU